ACUUAUUGAAUGCUGUUGAUGAUGAGAUAGGGGUGGUGGACGUCAGUUGUUUUGAGGAAUUUAUUGAAAAGUACGUUAAAUGGUGAAUAAAUGGUGUUCACAGCUAGCUAGUUUCAUUUUGUUGUUGUUUUGUCGAGUCGUGUUAGUAAGCUCUGAAAAAAGAACUUCUUGUCGUUAAAGGAAAAAGUUUUCUUGUCGAAGAAAUUCUUGUCGUUGCAAUAUCGGUGGAGGAUUGUCGGAAAGCGGAAUCUGUCGGAAGAAAUUUGGUCUAACUAGAAGGAUUUGGUCUGGCUGAAAGAAUAGCUGAUCUGAUUUUGGAAAAAGCCACCCGCCCACUCGUGUUGAAUUUUCUGUCGGAGUGUAGUGCUGUUACGGUUGUUUUUCCUGUCAAAUUGCAGUUCUGGUUGCUCGAGAUUGUGACCCGAUACGAACCGACAAAAUCAGCACCGACAAUUCAAGACCGUUAUCAGACCGUUGAUGGACCAAUUGAAAAGGAAGAAAAAUGUACCUUUACAACAGAUAGCAACUACCAAUCAACGAAAAAUGAGUGAGACUGACCGAGCGAAGGAACUCGGGAGGAAAGCAUUCGAAUUCCUCUAUUUGGUGUUUUAUGGGCCGCCAUUAAACGCUCCGCACACAUACGAUCGUGCGAUACAAAUAUCGCUUGUUUCAUUAUGGCAAUUCACCGAUGCGAAAAAACCAAUUAACGCGGCCGAGCUAAACGAUCACAAAGAACGAGUCACCAUAAUUCAGGAUUUAAUCCCCACAAUCCCACUUUUAAACGUGGGUAUAGGCCAAAAUUUUCCUGAUGUGGAAGAUGUCGACAUCAUAACUCGAGAAGCUCAUUAUAAGGCCCGAUCAUUAUUGUCCGCGUUAAAUAUGUUUUAUAGCUUUGAAUUGCCGCUUGUUCAAUAUCCCGCAACCAGUUUGUCUGGUAAUGAGACAACGUGAUUGUGGCUAAUUCGAGUUCGCAGCAAAAUGUUAGUGAAGAUGGAACAAAAAAAUAAAAUAAUUAAAAAUGUGAAAAAAAAACAAAAUUUGUAUAGGAUAGUUAAUGAAAUUGAACUUAAUUUUGAGUAGGCA